UCUCGUAGGCGAGUUUCCAACUGGCAUCUUGGAAGCAACAAACGCUUUCCACGUCCCAUCGCACCAGUCGCCCUGGCUGCAUAUAACGGUCGACGAUGGCUUGAGGAUGAACUCACAUUCGAUGAUUAUGAGGGUGGACCGACAAUAGAAAUGCUAAGAUCUCCGAGGGAAAACAAUACCUUGAUGACAUUCCAGGCUGGAGGGAUGCAGGUGUCCACUGCGUGGUUGGACUGGGUUGAUCAUGGUUAUAGAAUCACCCGAAGCGCAUUCCACAAUUUCUAUCAAUGUGACCCUAUCGCAACUAUGGACCACAUCAUGUCAAUCGGCACCACCGCCUCCUAUGAUGCUUCAAAACAGAUUCCGGAUCGUGUAACAGGCGCAUAUACCCUGGAGCGACUGGGUUUGGAUGAGGGUGGACGGCACACACAGGUCACAGAUGUAGAAAUACUUUCCCCCUCUCAGAUCAUCGACUUUGCACACUACGAUCCACCACUCCAUGAUGAGUGUAGGUUCGGACAUGACGCCUUUGUCCGUGGCCACGCCAGCCAUCGCUAUGGAGAAGGACCAGCAUUUUAUGUGGACCUCGAACAAGAUGCAAUUAAAUUUUCGGAAGAUGAGAUAGAGAGAUCGGUGGACAUAGACAGCAUCAUAUGGACUACCAAAACAUUCCGAUGCACAGGCAGCGUUGGGAUCUAUGUCACGCCACCAUUUCAAACGAAACCUGGGAUCUACAAGCACAAUCACACAUAUGUAGAGAUCACAAUUCCACAGUCGGAAGAAGACGCAAACACUCCUGGUGGGAGGACUGAAUGGCUAUCCAAACGAAUGCCGAUGUCUGCCAUUCCUCACGCCUGCAUUGGGCGCAUAUCAUCAGCUGCCUCAACACUCAAUCUUUACAUCGCAUUCCCAAGGAUGAUUCACAAACACCCAGUGAAUGGUCGGAGAAUCACGCUGAUCCCACAGGAGGUACAGGACAUCUUUUGGGACAGGGUGUUGCUUCCAUCUAUAGGAGACUGCACCGAUGUCAGCUGGCAGCCGUACCUGAAAUACACAUUGGAGGAGGCACGAUACAAGGCAAAGGGAGCAGGGAGGCGCCAAGGAGGAUGGACACCCCCCAAAUCAAUUCCACUGUCAGAUGACGACUUCAGGGACGUACAGAACCGCAUGCAUGAUCGAAUUCGCGAUGGUGAGGCUGAGCUCAGCAUGUAUGGCUCUUUGUUUUUCAUUCUGGAGGGCAAGGGGAUAAAGCUACUUACGAAGGAUGGACAACGAGGGCGCUUUGGAGGUCCAGAAGAGGCCCUUUGCAGCAACCUCCCUGACCUCGACUGGCCAUACAUGAUAGACAGGAGCCACGGCGAGCUGUUGGUGGAUGUUGGUAUCUCAUUCACACCUCACUCCCCAGAUGUCCCAGUCGUUGGAGUAUGGAGAUUAGAUGCUUUGGAAGCAUCAUUCGGAGCAGGGGGUUACAAGAGAGGCGAGAUCCAUCAUCACAACACACUCUCAAGAUAUGGUGCGCUGCAGGCAGAGAUGCAGCAGGAGAGAUCACAGCAAACCCAUAUCGCAUUCAGGAGCACCUACAAUCUCUACUAUGAAUCCAUCCGAACAAACAACAACCAGGUGAACUUCGCAUCGGACAGUGAUGCCUACAAGCUUGCACCAUCCUAUAUGGCUGAAUGCUUCCAAAUAUGCAAGGUGAUCGAUGGUUGUAGGGGAAAAACAUAUGGAGUGAGGGAUGAAUAUAGGGUGAGCGGCCAGGCGGCCAGAAUAAUUCUGGAUAAUAUAGAAAGCAAGGCGAUGGAAUAUCUGCAGUCUGAUCCAAUCCUGUGGAUACCAUCGAAAAUCUGGUUCGAGUUCAUGAAGCGCAGGGUGCGGGAGAUUCAAAGGACGCAGAUUGCUAUUGUCAAAAAGAAUCCUCCCAAUCUCGGCAUCCUCACUGGCCUGCUCAACCACAUGCUUCGUUCGACAACAUCUACCCCGAUCAUCUAUGAUUUUCACGUCCGUGAAUCACUUGCCCUCCUCGAAUACAGAAAUGUACUGGAGACAGCAGGGAUGUUUUUCCUGCAGGAAUUUGAUGUCGGCAGCGAUGCAUGCCUGGACGCAGUGCAGCAAGUCGACGAUGUGAAUGUGCUGGCUAUUAUGGGUGUUAAUGCCAAGGCUCAAAGGGAUAGAGCAGUGGGAAGGCUGGAGUCUUUUCAAAGUACUGAGCCGGAGCUGGAAGACUAUCCUCUCGGCCGAAAACCAACUUGGAAUCGACUCAAAGCUGUUGUGGCCAGUUCACCUGCCACAAUCAUGAGACCAUGGGCAUGGUCAUCCUGGUUAUCGAACACAGGACUGUCCGUCGGACGAUUAUUCAUCAUGUUCACAAAGCACGUUUGGCUAAUGCUCACACCCGAGGUCUUGAAGGGAAUCAGACCACACCCAAACUCACUCCAGGAGGCCAUGAAAUGCUGGACAAUAACAAGCGUCGACGACACCCUAGCUGCGGUCACAUUCGAAGCCUCCAAUGCUGGGCUGCAUGACCAUACAGGUGUCACUCCUGGUCGGAUGGGUCCAAGGUCAAGAGCAUUUGUGGACAGGUGCUCGCUAUUCUUUCCUGACCCUGAUGCACCACAUAAAAACAACACCCAAUGGUCCACGCUAUGGGAGGGAGAUGGAUACAUAGCAGAGUUCCACAGGAUAACAGCGACAAUGGGCGAGGAUCAGCGCACAUUGCUGAAGCAAGGAUUAACCGAGAUAUUUUCGGACAUCCACUGUCUUCCUGCGAGUGGUACAAGGGUUUGGACGCAACGCAACGAUGCCAUCGUGUUCAUGACAAACCCUGCAUUUUAUAAGAUUGACUGCAUUGGAAGGGGGGGCAACAGUCAGAAGAGAGCCACAAGGGCACGUCGUACAACAAAGCUGAUCAAGGGAAAGCGCGUAUUCGCAGCUGAUCUGAUGGACUCACAUCCCUUCGACACUGAUGGUAAUCUGAGAAGGAAAACAGAGAGGCAAAAGCGUCGGGAGUUUCAGAAGAAAAUGACAUUGGCAAAGAGAAACAAGAGGGUGCCCCCUCCCCCACGGCCUCACAAGUGCAGGCCUUUCCCAAUGGCAGGAGACGAAGAAAUGGAUGUUGAUUAG